AUGCUUCAUAACAAGCUCCUCCUGCUGCUGGCCGGCCUUUUCUUCCAGACCACGUUCGCAGCAUACCAGCUACAGCAGGACUAUUCUGGAGAUGCCUUCUGGCAAGGCUUUGACUUCUUCACAGACGCCGACCCGACCGACGGCCUAGUGCAGUUCAAAUCUCUCGAAGAAGCCAACUCCACCGGUCUGGCAGGUUUCAUUGAAGGGGAAAAUGCGUCUUUUGCCAUCUACAUGGGCGUGGACACGGAAGAGGUGGCGCCGCAGGGACGGGCUAGUGUUCGAGUCUCAUCGACACAGACAUUCCAACAUGCGCUGGUCAUUGCCGACAUUGUACACAUGCCGGGAGGGGUGUGCGGCACAUGGCCUGCUUUCUGGAUGGUAGGGACUGACUGGCCAAGCAACGGAGAGAUAGAUAUCGUCGAGGGGGUCAAUACUCAGGCCACGAACAGCAUGACUUUGCAUACUGGAGCAGGAGCGGUGGUCAGCAAUGGCACGGACUUCUUGGGAGAGUUGGUCACUCCUAACUGCGAUGUCAACGCUCCGGACCAACCGAUGAAUGCAGGCUGUUCUAUUGGUGACGUCUCGAAUCUGACCUUCGGAAAUGAGUUCAACGCAGCUGGGGGUGGCGUCUUCGCGACCGAGUGGACUUCGGACUUCAUCAAGAUUUGGUUCUUCCCACGAGGAUCCUUCCCGGAUGAUAUUGUCAGCAGCACCCCGGUCCCUACUGAAAGCUGGGGAACGCCCAACUCUAUUUUCCAAGGCUCGUUCAAUAUCGACGACCAUUUCAAGAACUUGCAGAUUGUGUUUGACACCACCUUCUGCGGACAGUGGGCGGGUGAAGUUUGGAACACAUCUAGCUGUGCCACGCGGGCGCCGACUUGCGAGGAAUAUGUGGCCAACAAUCCCGGGGACUUCGCUGAAGCUUACUGGGCGAUAAAUACCUUACAGGUGUUCCAAGACAACACCGAACAGGACGGUACAAACGCACCCAGGAAGCCACAGCCACCCCCUGGCAGAUCUCCGGAUGCGCGGCCUCCUCCUCCUGAGCAACUUCGAGCCAGGUCUGGCGCACCCGUCUGGCCGAUAUUCUUAUAA